CCCAAUGAGUGUUGAGUUGUGGCCUGUCUUCUGUUCUGUGUGCGUGUGUCUAAGUAACGUGCUUUCUUUGAUCAUUCUCGAGGAACAACCUCAUAGUGUCGACAUGGUUGGCAAGGAAGAUCUAUUGAUCGAAGAAGUAUGCAAACUCUAUGAUCAAAUCUCAAGCUUAGACACACUCAAACCUUGCAAAAAUGUCAACACACUUUUCACAAAACUUGUUCUCACAUGCAUGCCACCUAGUCCCAUUGAUGUUACCAAACUUAGCACAAAAGUUCAAGAAAUUAGAUCCAAACUCAUAAGGCUAUGUGGUGAAGCUGAAGGCCAUUUAGAAAGUCACUACUCAACUAUCAUAGCUUCAUACAAUAAUCCACUCAAUCAACUCAACAUUUUCCCUUAUUAUUCAAACUACCUCAAACUUAGUCUCCUUGAAUUCAAUAUCUUAACCAAACACUCCACUAAUGUUCCUAAAAAAAUUGCCUUUAUUGGCUCAGGUCCACUUCCACUUACUUCACUUGUGUUAGCCACUAAUCACCUACAAAACACAAUUUUUCACAACUAUGACUUUGACCCUUUAGCCAAUUCCAAAGCUUCUUGCUUGGUUUCCUCUGAUCCUGAAUUAUCAAAGCGUAUGUUUUUUUACACCAAUGAUAUAUUGGAUGUUUCAAAUGCUUUGAAAGAAUAUGAAGUUGUUUAUUUGGCAGCACUUGUGGGAAUGAGUGUUGAGGAAAAGAAUAGGAUCAUUGAGCAUUUGGCUAAGUACAUGGCACCAGGAGCACUCCUGAUGCUCAGGAGUGCUCACGGUGCGCGUGCUUUUUUGUAUCCGGUUGUUGAUACCAAUGAUCUUCGAGGCUUUGAGGUGCUCUCGGUGUUUCAUCCAACGGACGAGGUUAUCAAUUCAGUUGUCAUAGCGCGCAGGUAUCCUAUGGUUUUACUACCAAACAAGUGUUGUUCUGAUGAGAUUCAAGCUCUCAAACCACUUAUCAACCAUGGCAAUAAUAUGAUUGAGGAAUUGGUCAUUGAAGAAAAUUAAGCUAUUAUUAAUUAAUUAAUAAGUUGAUCGUCCUUUUCAGAUCACUACAUGCAUGUUUUCUAUCUGGUACUCCCUAAUGCUUGACAUGGUUAUUGUGUCUUUUGCAAUCUACUUAGUAUUUCCAUUUUAUGUCUAACUUGUUUGGACUAUCUAGCAUAUGUUUUUGGUGCUGCUGUUGUUUUUAUUAAUCUAGUAUUUAUUAAAUAAAUGUGGAAAUUGGUUGUGAUUCAAA